AUGUUGCAUCGAAUGCGACGGUACAACUUCCAUACCGCGGGGGGUGAAGUACUUACCUCCCCAGGAGUUUUGGUUGCUAUUGUCAACAUUCUGAGCUUUUUUCAAGACCCGGAAGCUCUUAUCGAUUUUAGGACGUCAUGCAACUACAUGCGAUACGCUAAAUGCCGUGUAUAA